AUGUCUUCUGCAGCCAAAGUAUUUUAUUUGGCUGUGUUUGCCUUCUUGAGGCUCGCUAAUGCCGAGUCUCAACAUCAUGACCAGAAUACAUGCGCCAUCGACCCUAAAGCCACGGUUUCCGACGCCUGCGUCUCCUACAGCAGCAUUGAUUCGUUGAACGACAAAGUCUACCCUCUUCUCCAAUCUAUAACUCAAGAUACCGACUUCUUCUCGUAUUAUCGGCUUAAUCUCUUCAACAAAGUCUGCCCCUUUUGGUCAGACGAGAAUAGCAUGUGUGGGAACAUCGCAUGCUCCGUUACUACCAUCGAGUCGGAAGAGGAUAUCCCGCUACCAUGGCGCGCAGAGGAGCUAAGUAAGCUCGAGGGCCCGAAGGCCGGUCAUCCUGGGCCCGGGGUUCGGAAGGAAAGACCUGGCGACCGACCACUCCAGGGUAUGUUGGGAGAAGGUGUCGGAGAAAGUUGCGUGGUUGAGUACGAUGAUGAGUGCGAUCAGCGAGACUAUUGUGUUCCGGAGGACGAAGGGGCAAGCGCUAAAGGCGACUAUGUCAGUUUGCUCGAUAAUCCGGAGCGAUUUACGGGAUAUGCAGGAAUGGGAGCCCACCAGGUGUGGAAUGCAAUUUACCGUGAGAACUGCUUCUUGAAGUCGAUACCGGAACAAUUCGAGCUGUCUCCGAAUCCUCAGUUUGGGGAGCUUCAGGCUGUCAAUGACUUGCGCAAUGUUCUCCAGAAGGAGCUGAAGCGCACAGAGGGAUUGCCGCUGGACAAUGAGUGCCUCGAGAAGCGGGUCUUCCACCGGGUUAUCAGCGGUAUGCAUGCAUCCAUUUCGACCCAUCUUUGCUGGGACUAUUUCAACCAGUCUACCGGCCAAUGGAACCCGAAUUUGCAAUGCUUCCAGGAAAGAUUGCAUGAUCACCCGGAGCGAAUUUCGAAUUUGUACUUCAACUACGCCUUGGUGUCCCGCGCCGUCGCGAAAUUACGGAAGCACCUCGAGAAUUAUACAUACUGCACCAGCGAUCCCGUUCAGGACGCAGACACUAAGGAGAAGGUGUCCCUCUUGACUUCGGCUCUCGCAAAUCGGCCCCAGAUUUUCGAUGAGAACCUGAUGUUCCAGGAUCCAAGUGCCAUCGGCUUGAAGGAAGACUUCCGCAACCGGUUCAGAAAUGUGAGCCGCUUGAUGGAUUGUGUUGGAUGCGAUAAGUGCCGACUAUGGGGGAAGCUGCAGGUUAAUGGAUACGGCACGGCCUUGAAGGUCCUGUUCGAGUACGACGAGACCAAGAAUGGAGAAAACCCUCCUUUGCGCAGGACAGAACUUGUGGCUUUGAUCAACACUCUUGGUCGCAUCUCUCACAGUGUGGCGGCUAUUAGGAGCUUCCAUCGUGCUAUGGAUGUGCAAGAUGGAGAGACUCUCACAAUUCCCGCUGACGUGUCGUCAGUAAAGAACCCCGAGGGCAAGACAACAAAACGUCUCAUCAAGGACGGUGGUACGACGUUCUACUAUGAAGAUGAUGAAGACGAUUUCCAGUAUCUUACCGAAAAGCUACCAUGGGAGCGAGCGCCACGAGGCGAGGAUGACGGCUUCCUAGACGACCUCCGUUCCGAGUUUGAGGUUUUUUGGAAUACAUUCGUCUACGUCUUGAGGAGCUGGGCCAAUAUUCCCCAAACCCUAUUUGAAAUUUCUACUCUAGAGUUCAACCGACUCUGGAAUUAUUGGCUGGGACUUCCCGUGCCGCCACGGUCCUGGAAAAUUAAACGGCCCACGGAGCCGGGGAUGCAGAGCCGCGAUGAGCUAUGA